GGUAAAAGAUUCGUCUCUUAUAACGUCUAAGGAAGCACUGGGAUUGCUUGAUGCUGUAGACCCCUCAACAACUUGAGGCUACUUGAUCAGCAACUAUGUCCCAGAAGGUUUACACGCUUGCUGACGUUAAGGUGCAUACGAAUGAUAAGUCGUGUUGGCUAGUAGUUCAUGGCAAGGUCUAUGAUGUUACGGCCUUCUUGGAAGAGCACCCGGGCGGCUAUGACAUAAUCCUUUCAUCUACAGGGAAGGACGCGACCCAAGAUUUCGAAGAAAUUGGACACAGCAACUCGGCGAAGAAGCUCCUCGAAAAGUACUUAAUUGGUGACUUCGAGGGCGGUGACAGCGCUCCUACCGCGGCUCAAGUCCCACCCCAAAGCCGGAACACCCAGAAGCAGCAGAAGCAGAAGGACGCGGCGACUCGGACGUUCCACGUCAUCCUUCCGCUCCUCAUACUGCUGGUUGCUCUAGCCCUAAACUUCUACUUCUCCCGCCGGUAGCCAUGAUCGGAGUGCCCCUGGACAGGCCGUGCUAGUGCCCUCUCACAGGGUGCUGUUGACUAACGAUGUACGUUGGGAAAGGACAACAUAUUAAAUGCGGUAACGGGGGGAUUUGGCAGCAAUGAUGCAAUGUUAUGAAAAUUGUUUUAAUGGCGGUGUGUACAC